AUGCGAGGUUCCCUUGUAGGUGGUGAUCAUUGGCACGUGCGACUAACAACGGGUCGUAGAGACGCCAAAUUUCGAGCCGAAUACACCUCUCCGUGCACUGCAAACGUCUUCCUCACUGUUCAAGGCACCAAGAACACCGUUUCCGACCUGCUUCUUUCAAUGUACCAAAGUGGAGUCACCAACGGAGUCACUUCUCCCUCCACCAAAGCCUCCAAAAACCGAACAACGAGGCCGCUCUUCUCCCCAGGACAGACGGAUGAAUUUGUGGUGAAUUUGGGCGACAUAGGCGACAUAGUGAAGGUUCGCCUAUCUCACGACAACACUGGUGAUUACCCAGAACUCCUAAUCUCUCAUAUGAGAAUGACUAGACUGCCAGCAACUCAUGCUUCUGGGAAAUCCGGUCGACCAAGAGACGGUAUUGCCUCCUCCGUCUCCAGCCAUUCCCUUGCCGACCCAAACUUUGCCGACCUUACCUUCUUCUUCAGUUCCUGGCUCUCGAAAAACAUCGGUGAUGGACAGGUGAUACGAGAGGUGGCGUCUAGAGGCUCCUUAAGCCUAGUUCUUCAAGAGCAACAACGUGUCCGUCAAGAGGCUUUGAAAAGGCCUCAAAGGAAUGUGUCUGUAACACCGAGUAUCGAGGCCUCUAAAGGGGUGGUGGAUGAAAUGUUACAACUUCCUGGCAAGCAUUUUUACUCACUAGUAGUCCGUUUCAUUCCUAAUUUGUGGAACGCGGGUACUGUCGGCGAAGUCAUGGUCUUUCUUGUGGGACAAUUCGGUGAUUCUGGUCCCCGUCACCUGUGGAACUGGCAAUCAGCGAAGCGUCGACCGUUUCAACGGGAUCAGGUGGAUGACUUCAAAAUUCAAUGUGUGACUCUGGGUCAACUGAGCUCAAUUAAAGUGUGGCUGGAGUCGCCGUUGAAGAAGACACCUGAAACAUGGUGUCUAGAGUGGAUUCAGGUGAUUGAGGAGGAUGCUUCCACAACUAGCAUUUCUCCGUCAACCUCGGUAAUUGUUCGUCAACCGCCUGUGCUAUUUUAUGGCGACCAAUGGCUUUAUUCAGAGCCAAUGGCCAAUGACCUUCAGAUGGUUCCAAUUGUUCUGCCAGUGGACCGCAUUUUUGGGCCUAAUGGGGAAUCCGACUAUGCAUUCCCAGAAAAGAUAGCAAAACUGUUCGCUCUCGCCUCGAAGCCGUGGCUCCACUUGAUGGUGGCCGAAGAUGGAUGUCUGUGUGUCGGAGGUAGACUCAACUAUCAGUUUGCUACAAAUCCUCAGUUUACUUCUAUCAUAAAAAGCACUUCUGAGUCAAGUGGCCCCAUGGGAUUCCUCAUUCGACCGCAUUUGGGUGGUUUCGUGCAGCUUGAAUCGGUUCUCUCGAGGGAUUCAGUCGAGCAGUUGUCAAGGUUUCGAGUCAGUCCAUCUGAUGGCAGUGUUUGCAUAGAUGAAACUGCCAACCACGAGGAGACCUUACUGAUGCCAUUUGUGAAGGUAUUUUACGCAACCGCUUACUUGCACUCUCAAUUGCUUAAACUACUUUGA